UUCUCUUCAGUGAGAAAAAUUUCACGAAUAAAGUCGGUUGGGCGUCGAGUACAAACCCUAAAAGCUGCUUUUUAUAGCACGGGCUCGAUCUUACGAGAGGUGAAAAAAAAUGACGAAAAAAGUUGAAUUCAACUGGCGGAUUCCGACGCCCGAAAUAUUCCUUACCGGUGCGACCUUCGACCGGUGGUUCGAAGACAAGGAAAAUACCGAGUAUGAGCCAAAUUGCUUGUGCAAAUGCGACGAGUAUGGUUUUUUCUUCUACUGGAAGAGCGAAGGAAAAGACGGGGAAGUCAUAGAACUCGCUCAAGUGAGCGACAUUCGUUACGGUGGAACGCCGAAGGACCCGAAACUCUUGAACAAACUCAGCAAGCACGGCACGGUGGAGCAAUUGGACGAGAAAAGUUUGACGAUUUGUUCGGGCGUCGAUUACACGAAUAUCAAUUACCAGCACAUUGUGUGCACGAGUGCUCAGCAGGCGAAGGAAUGGCAAGCCGGGCUACGAUUAAUCACGCACAACACGAAAGCCAGUAAUGUUUGUCCAACUACACAACUAAUGAAGCAUUGGAUGAGGUUGAAAUUCAUGGUCGACGCCAAAGGCAAAGUUCCGGUAAAGGUAAUAUCGAAGACUUUUGCAUCCGGAAAAACGGAGAAGCUCGUUUACCAGGCGCUCGCAGAUUUGGGAUUGCCCAACGGGAAGAGUGACAAAAUGGAGUCGGACGCUUUCACAUUGGAUAAAUUCACUUUCCUCUAUCACAAGCUGUGUCCGAGAAACGACAUCGAAGAGCUUUUCCAAUCGAUAACGAAGGGCAAAGCCGAGGCCAUAACCGUAGACCAACUGGUUUGUUUCAUGAACGAGAAACAGCGCGAUCCACGCCUCAAUGAAAUCAUGUAUCCGAUGUACGACGACAAGAGAUGCAUGGAGAUAAUAAACGAUUACGAACCGGACGAAAAGGCGAAAGCUGACAGAAAAAUGACCAAGGAUGGCUUCAUCCGUUACUUGAUGUCGGACGAAAAUGCCCCCGUGUUUUUGGACCGGCUGGACGAGUACAUGGACAUGGAUCAGCCUCUGGCUCAUUAUUACAUAAAUUCUAGUCACAAUACGUACCUGAGCGGACGGCAGAUCGGUGGCAAAAGCACGGUCGAAAUGUACCGGCAGACUCUACUCGCUGGUUGCAGGUGUGUGGAGCUGGAUUGUUGGGACGGUAAAGGAGAGGACGAGGAGCCGAUAAUAACCCACGGUAAAGCGAUGUGCACGGACAUAUUGUUCAAGGACGUGAUAGUGGCUCUGCGAGAUUGUGCGUUCGUGACGUCGGACUACCCGGUGAUAUUGAGUAUCGAGAAUCACUGUUGUCUCAAGCAGCAGUACAAACUGGCAAAGUACUUCGACGAGAUUCUCGGGGAGUUGUUAUUGAAGGAGCCGCUGAAGGAGCAUCCGCUCGAGCCCGGUUCUCCGCUGCCGCCUCCUUCCGCCCUGAAGCGAAAAAUUCUCAUAAAGAACAAGCGACUCAAGCCGGAAGUGGAGAAAGUCGAGCUGGAGCUGUUCAUGUCCGGGCAGUUCGAGGCGAAGGACGAGGUCGUCGAGGAUGCCAGCGCCCCGCCUGCGGAACCGCCCAAAGAAGAAGCGCCGGCCGAAGCUCCGGCAGGGGGGGAAGGCGCCGAGGGCGGAGACGCCGCAGCUAUGCCGCAGCACACCGGCAGCACGAUGGCCUGCCAUCCUUGGCUAUCAUCGAUGAUCAACUACGCUCAGCCCAUCAAAUUUCAAGGAUUCGAAACAGCUGAAAAGAAAAAUAUUCAUCACAACAUGUCCUCGUUCUCCGAGACCGCGGCAAUCAAUUACCUCAAAACUUCCGGCGUCGAAUUCGUCAAUUACAACAAGCGUCAGAUGAGCAGGAUUUAUCCCAAGGGCACGAGAGCCGAUUCCUCCAACUACAUGCCCCAGGUCUUCUGGAACGCCGGCUGUCAGAUGGUGGCCCUGAACUUCCAGACCCCCGAUCUGUCGAUGCAGUUCAACCAGGGAAAAUUCGAGUUCAACAACACUUCGGGUUACCUCCUGAAGCCGGAAUUCAUGAGGCGUUUGGACAAAACUUUCGACCCCUUUGCCGAGGGUGUCGACGGCGUGAUCACGGCUCAGUGUUCGGUCCAGGUGAUCGCUGGCCAAUUUCUGUCGGACAAAAAAGUCGGGACGUACGUCGAGGUGGACAUGUACGGAUUGCCAGCGGACACGAUAAAGAAAGAGUUUCGAACGCGAAUGGUGCCAGGAAACGGUUUGAACCCGGUUUACAACGAGGAUCCCUUUCUCUUUCGUAAAGUUGUGCUUCCGGAUCUGGCCGUUCUGAGAUUAGGCGUUUACGAAGAGAGCGGAAAGUUGCUGGGCCAGAGGAUUCUGCCUCUGGACGGUUUGCAGGCCGGCUACAGGCACAUCUCGUUGAAAACCGAGGCCAAUUUCCCUAUGGCCUUGCCCAUGCUGUUCUGCAACAUCGAGCUGAAAAUUUACGUGCCGGACGGAUUCGAAGAUUUCAUGGCCAUGCUCUCGGAUCCGGGUGCGUUUAGCAAAGGAAAUGAGAAGCAAGCUGAGGCGAUGAAGGGCAUGGGAAUCGAGCAAACCGACUCGAAAGCCGAGGCGAAGAAGAAGGAGGAAGAGCAGAAGAAAAAAGACGAAUGGAAGCUGGAGCCAAUUACGUUGGACGUAUUGAGGCGCGACAAGGCUUACAAAGCCGGUAAGAAAGCGCUCAAAGAGUUGGAGGCGAUGAAAAAGAAGCACUUGAAGGAGCGACAAACGAUGCAGAAGAAUCACAUAACAGCUUUCGAGAAAGCGGCCAAGGGAAAAGACAAAGCUGCCAUUAAAAGCGAUGCGAAUCUGAAGAAAAUGAUAAGCGAGCAGAUCGCCCAGUGGUCGGCGAUGGUCGAGAAGCAUCGGAAGGAGGAAUGGGAAUUGAACAAGAAGCAAAUAGCUGCGGGACGAGAAGAUUUCAAAAAGGUCAUCGAGAUCGUCCAGGUGAAUCAGACCAAGCAGCUGCAAAUAAAGCAGGACAAAGACAUCAAGGAAAUGAACACGAACCAGGCGAAGGUUUCAGCGGAAACGGCGAAGGAAGUGAUGAACGACAAAGCGCUCAAGACGAAGGGCGACAAGGAGCGUCGUCUACGAGAAAAGAAACAAAACAAUAUUAAAAAGUUUAUGGACGAAAGAAAAAACAUUCAAAUAAAGCAGGGACGAGAGAAGGAGAAGCUAAAAGUGACCCACGAGAAGCAGGUCGCUGAUCUCGACAAGAACAUCGACGAGGCUAUUCUCGUGUUGACGAACGAACCGAUCGAGCUGGCGGUGGCCAAGAAGAGGGAAAUUUACGUCUAGCUUUGGAGGGCGAAUUACUAAAAUCGUGCAAACAAGGAAAAAACGAUUUUUUAAAAAACAAAUUUCACAUUUAUCCUAUUUACAAUCUUUUAAUAAUGACCCUUUUUGUGCAACUUUUGUACCACUUUGAAUGGUUUACAAUGCCGCACGAAAAUGAUGGGAGAAGAGAUAAAAAUAAAAAUUGUUUUCAAACGAGGAAGACAAAAGAUGAGAAUACAAAAAUGGGAAAAAUA